AUGGGCCAAGAAGUCGAGGGUGAAGGACUUGGUGACGAGUUCAAGGGCUACGUCUUCAAGAUCACCGGUGGUAACGACAAGCAGGGUUUCCCAAUGAAACAAGGUGUUAUGCACCCAACCAGAGUUAGACUUUUGUUAGCCAAGGGUCACUCCUGUUACAGAACCAGAAGAGCCGGUGAGCGUAAGAGAAAGUCGGUCAGAGGUUGCAUCGUCGGUGCUGACCUUUCCGUCCUCUCGCUCGUUGUCGUCAAGCAAGGUGAGCAGGAGAUCGAGGGUGUCACCGAUGCCUCUAUCCCAAAGAGAUUGGGACCAAAGAGAGCCAACAACAUCAGAAAGUUCUUUGGUUUGACCAAGGAGGAUGACGUUAGACAGUUCGUUGUCAGACGUGAGGUCACCAAGGGUGAGAAGACAUACACCAAGGCCCCAAAGAUCCAAAGAUUGGUUACCCCACAAAGAUUGCAGAACAAGCGUCGUCAACACGCCUUGAAGAGAAAGAACGCUGUUGCUCAACGUGAUGCCGCUGCUGAGUACGCUCAACUUUUGGCCCAACGUUUGCACGAGCGUAAGGCUGAGAAGGCUGAGAUUAAGAAGAGAAGAGCUUCGUCUUUGAAGAACUAA